UACCCUGGUCAACGUUAAAUUAUAAUCAAUAUGGCUAAACGAGUAAUGACUAUGUUAACUAUAACCGUCUUCGCCGUUUUUAUUCAAUUAGCGUACUCUUGUUGUGGACCUGCUCAGUGGGAAGGAUAUGAGGGUGUGUCUAUGGGAUUGAAGGUCAAUGGGACAGGUGAAGAGGGUACAGGACUUCUGAAUAUGUCAGUUGAUGCCAAUAUAAACAAAGUAGUCAUCAGAGGAUACAGUUUGUGGAACGGUCAGCAACAAGUAAAACAGCAUCUUCUCUACGAUUAUUCAGCUGAGAAAAGUUACAAUGUUUACGAUGGUAAAUGUUCAAUAGAAGACUUAGCACCAUAUCCAGGGAAAGUUAACUGUGUACCAUCUGAUGCUAAACUGGUGUUGUCUACCUUUUAUGGUUCUGGAGACAAUAAGUACGAGAUUGAUAUUUAUGAAUUUAUGGUAGAUGGUAAGAAAAUGGAGAUGACUGUAAAUAAAGGAACCUGUAUUCCUGUUGGAGAACAUCAGCAAUUGGCCAAUGGCUUUGCCGAUAUUAGCUUCAUGGGGAUUACAGAAGGAAUAAAAGACCCAAAAGUGUUCGAUAUCCCACCAGAGUGCAAUAGAGCGAGAUCAGUUUCUCCGAGAAUGCAGUAUAUUAAAAAGAUUGGACAUUUUUAAGGUGAAAAAAAAGAAAGAAAUAACUUCCGUUUGAGGAAAUAUUGGUAG